AUGCUUGCUCCCGGCGACGGUGCCUUUGAAGCACUAGAGACUGAUCCAUGGGGCGAAGCUCUCAACAAUGCUAGCCAAGAAGACUACAUCAGCGAUAAUCUGACGGUCUCCAUUACGGAAGACAAGGACAUCUUCGUCAAUGGCGCAGCGCUCAUCUACCCUGAUCUUAUUGUAGCAAAUAGAGUUGACUACCCUAUAAACAAUGUGCUCAACUCUGAAGCGACAUUUAACUUGCCCGUCAAUGGUACUGAUGGUGGUGUUCCGGCGUUCGAGGGGCCUGUGACUACCCCGGCGCCCACAGUCAUGGGAGAUGCCGCAAAUUCUGAGAGUUCGGCAUCGUUGACACUGGUCAAUCAGCAUGGGCUGAAACAAAGUCACAUACAUGCCAAAACGUGGGAUAAACACGAUAAUCUCAGUUUUCAGGCAGUUUCUGCAGAUUAG